AUGAAAACUUUACGCUCUAGACCUAGAGUACCGUCGUUGUUUCGCACUGUAGCCAUAGUUCUUUUCCUGGCUUUUGUUCUUUCUAUAUUUCAUCUUGCUAACUUACGUCGUGACCGCUUCGGGCUGCAUCCUCCGUCCGACAAUGAAGUCUCGGAAGAGCUGCCAACAGGAGGUUCUGAUGUCGAAAAUGAAGAGAUUGAACGCCUGACUUCUCGCAUACGAGUUCUCACUCCAAAAGGUGGUCAUACAUUCCAACAACUAAAGCAACUGGAAUCGGCCUGGAAACCCAAUAAGAAUGCCGUCGCCCCACUAACCGUAAUAAUCCUCUAUGUGAGUGCGGACGGCCUUGAACGUCAGCUUACAUCCAUGGCUGCACAGUCUGCUAGACCGAAAGCAGUAUGGAUUAUAACCCCCUCUAGCCAUGCUGAAGCUGCUGCAACCAGAGUUGUAAGGAAGAUGGACGAUAACCGAGUAAUGGUACAUACAGUUACAGAAGAUGAACACCUUGGACCAUUCGCUUGGCUUAAAUUGGCUCAACGGGCGACGACUGAACAUAUAGUGUUACUAGAUAACGGCGUGGUCCCUGGUUCGAACUAUUUUUCCAACAUGCUUCGUAUUGCAAACGUACCCGUUUACAGUGGUGCUGCCAUUGGGUCAAUGGGCAUUGUUAUGAACUUUAGAGGACAAAAUCCACGCUUAACCUGUUUCUUUGAUCAUGUACAUGGAGAUCGUCCCAAUCACGACGGAGGCACGGACUCUCUUCUUCCAGAAAAAUCUCGGCCUGUUGAUAUGCUUAAUCAUGUCUGGUUCCUUAGGAAACAUUGGAUGUCGUUAUUACUCAAAGAAAGUAGGCCCGAAAAUCACAAACUGCCCUUAAGCUUCUUGAUAAGUUUCGCACUUAAAUAUCAUGCAAACAUUCCCUCUUUUGUAAUGCCUACCGCUCUAACCGACGCUGAGUCAUGGGGAGAUAUAAGAAAUGGUCCAAUACAGGGUGCUACUUGCGGCAUAUUAAAACGUGAAUUCGCAAACAAUGUUGUGUGGAAAAAGUACCUGCAUCGUGGAUAUCCAUUAGUUGCACAACAGAAAGCCUGGAACCAAAUAACAAGUAGAGUAGCAACAUUUGCAGUUGACGGUAUUCGUCAAGCAAAAGCCCUUGUACCGUUAAUAUGUAAAAUGUCACACGUAAAAGAAGCUAUGACUCACGUAAUUGUGACGGGCAUAGGCCGUGGACUAAGUAGAGACGGGAUGAAGAAGUUAAUCGAUAAUCAUUCAUCUUUGUGUAGUGUCACCAUUUAUGAUUUAGACAUUCUUGAUGGACCCUACUUUGGACUGCCAGUUGAAGAUAUUGUUAAUAUUGUUACUCAGAUCGAACAUGGACUUACUCGCAUUGUGCAGUAUACUAAGUCACAGGCUAUCAUUUAUAUUAAAGAUGAGGAUGAAGAUAGCUACGGUACACAAGGGUUCGCACAAGCAGCAAGUAAAUUUGCAGAGUCUGCUGGAAUUAUAGCGCUUCCAUCUACCCAAGUGCCUCAUGUUAUGUGGAUACCCGAUCUGCCAAUAAGGGCUCUCAGACAAUGGAAUAAACCCGAGUUGCAAUUGCAUAUAAUAACUCAAAGUCGCUUAUACUCUCUCACACGCCUAAUGAAAUCCAUUUCGUCCGCUUAUUAUCUGGGAGAUAAAAUAAGACUUACCAUAAAUAUGGAUAGAUCUGCAGACCGACAAACCAUCGAAUACUCCCAAGCAUUUGAAUGGCUACAUGGAGAGAAAAAUGUUCAUUUCCGUGUUGUUCAAGGAGGUCUUCUUCCAGCAGUGGCCGAAGCUUAUUAUCCAGCGCAUGAUGAAGAUUAUGGUGUAGUUCUCGAAGAUGACGUGGAGCUUUCUCCCUUUUGGUACGUCUGGACGAAAUACACUUUACUCAAAUAUCGCUAUGGAACAGCCAGAGAAACGACACAGCGAAUGUAUGGCGUGAGUUUUUACGGACAAAGGGCGAUGGAACUUCCCCUGCCCGGACGAAGACCUUUCUUCCCAGACCAGGCGCUUGAGGGACAUCCGUUCCCGAGUCGAACUCCGUAUUUAUGUCAAGUACCCUGUAGUUGGGGGGCAGUUUAUUUCCCCGAGAUAUGGCGGGAAUUCCACGACUAUCUUCUCGCUCGUAUAGAGGAUUGGAAUACGCUUAAAUUCCAGAAUGUGACUGUUCCGUGGAGCAGAUCUAACAAAUGGCGAGCAUCGUGGAAGAAAUUCUUGAUUGAAUUGGCUUAUCUGCGUGGAUAUGUUAUGUUGUAUCCUAAUUUCGAAGAGUUUGUCAGUUUCUCCAAUAAUCAUGCCGAACUUGGAGAGCAUAUUCAUCUUAAACCUGGAAAAGUACAUAAUGUAUCCAUAUUCCAAGUACCUAUUAUGCAAAACGACGUUAUUCUUCAGCAAUUGCCAAAGGGCAGCCUACCUUUGUAUAAAUCAUUGCCGAUAUUGGAUCUGUGGGGAAAUGUUACGUCCCCAGAAGAGAUCAUAGAAAGAGGAAAUGAAUUACAUGCGAAUAUUUCUCUUUGUUCUAUUCCCGAAAAAUUAACGUAUGAUCCUAAGGAUCUGUUGUGUGUCGACGAGGAAGAGAAAGCUCGUGUUAUUGAAGAGGCAAGAAUUCUAGCUAAGAAAGAAGCAAGGAUGUAUAGGAAGUUCAAGGCAAAUCUUCUUGCAAAAGCAAACGCAACUGUUACACAUUCACCAUCACCAUCACCAACAACGACUUCUGAGCAGAAUACGAAUACCGCUAGUCUCGAGGAUGCUGAUGGUGCUGAUAAACAAUGA